UUGGAUAAAGUUUUGCUCGUGUCCAAAAAUCUAAAGCGAUUAGUUAGCACCAACACGCAAAGUCCGUCUACUUUAGCGAGGCCUCUAAAAAUACAGUCUUUUCUUAGUCAGGACUUGAAACUAACUUGUCAGCGUUACCUGAACGCGUGCAGUCCGGAGCAGCCUGAAGGACCCAUUGACCAAAAGUUCCAGUCACUAAUCAUCGAAUGUACCGCUGAUGACCAAAAGAAAAUUCGACGCCGUCUUGCACACCUUUUAAGCUUGAUUGAAAGAUCUGAGAAAACCGUUGCCCAACAAUUUAGCGGAAAUUGA